AUGGAUGGAGCUGGAGCACUGAUGCCAUCUUGGCUGGAACUGUGGAAUGAGUGGGAGAUCCAAGUUGUUGUUGUUGCCAGCUUCAGUCUGCAGGUUAUCCUCUUCUUCUUCGCAGGGAUCCGCCGCUACACCGUCUCGUCUAUUCUCAAGGCCCUCCUCUGGCUGGUGUAUCUGCUUGCCGAUGUCGUUGCGACGUAUGCCCUGGGGCACAUUUCCUCGUCCUUGUCGAAGAAAUCGUCUGUCGAGCACCAGCUGGUGGCGUUCUGGGCGCCGUUCCUCCUGCUGCACCUUGGUGGCCAGGACACCAUCACCACGUACGCCCUGGAGGACAAUAAACUGUGGCUGCGGCACCUGCUGAACAUGUUUGUGCAAGUCGCCGGCACCGGAUAUGUGCUCUAUAAGUACAUCAAUGCAGGCGGGGCGACCCUUGUCCCUGCCGCUAUGUUGGUUCUGGCCGCCGGAGUUUUCAAGUUCGGCGAGAGGAUAUGGGCACUGAAGCGCGCAAGCAAGAAGGGUUCCAAAGGGCCAAGUAGGUCUUUUCUGCAGAUUAUCUGUUGUAUUUGUAUUGAUUUUCAUCCGGAGCCGGAGGGUAGGGCCACUGAAUCAGUUCUGGACUGGAAAUACAAUGCAAUGGACUGCUUCACUAAAAAUAAACAGUUUGGAAUUUAUACAUUUAUUGUGAUGACAGCACACGCGUUGCGCCAUUUGCUUGUCAAGCCUUUAAUCAUAGACAGGAAUGAGGCGUCCAUAGACAGGAGUGAUACCACAAUUGCACUACUAAAUGGUCGAGUGCAAGACUAUCUAUUGGAAGACGACGAGAAGGAAGAUGCAUCAACGGAGCAUAAGAGGCACAUUGGAGAGCUCUACAAGACAAUCGAGGUGGAGCUCGCCCUGAUGUAUGACAUGUUGUACACCAAGGCAGAAGUGAUUCACACACGGUAUGGCUACUGCAUCCGUGCUAUUUCCCUUGUGUCUUGCUUUUCCGCUCUUGUGGUCUUCAUGAAAAUCAAGAGGGAUGGCUACAGCACACCCAACAUUGUUAUCACUUUUGCUCUUCUGUGGGGAGCUUGCGCACUGGAGAUUGCAUCAGUUGUCAAGGUGAUUGGUUCGACCUGGACAUAUGCCAUCUUGAAGGGCGCCUGGGGAUGGAAGUGGCUGGCCAAUGCAAUUCUGUUCGCACGUUACCACCUCGUCAUUGUCAAGGAUGGAAGAUGGUCCAAUUCUGUCGGGCAGUUCAACUUCAUAUCCUUCUGUGUUCGCAGCAAGAGUUCCGACUUCAUGGGAUCAACAGCUGAUUUGUUUGGGCUCAAGAACUUGUGGUACAAAGCUCAGUGCACCAAACAUACCAAGCUUUCACCUUCCGUGAAGGAGUUCGUAUGGCACUUGGUCAGAGGUGAGAAGAGUCAUAUGGUAAAGAUUGAAGAUGUGGCCAUCAGAAGUGGUUACUGGGCUCGCAGGUUCAGGGGCUUCCACCAAAGCGAGCAGCUCGAUUGGAGCAUGAGUUUUGAAUUUCUGAAGAGCGUGCUUAUCUGGCCCAUAGCCACAUCCACCUUCCUCAAUGGCCCUGCCAUCAAAUCCCAGCUGGUCGGCAAGGAUAAGGACAUGGCUGAAGCAGUGAAUACUCUCUCUGAUUACAUGAUGUACCUCCUCGUCAAGCACCCCGACAUUCUGCCCAUCAGAGCAGCUGAUUAUAGUCUGUUUGAGAAAGCAUGUGCCUCUUUUCACCCUGAUGAGUGUAAGUCUCACCAGACAAUUCUGGAUUACAAUAAGAGCAUUUGUGAUAGGGACAUACAAAUACUAUAUGGUACUGGCGACUUGACGCAAGCUGGUUGGGAUGCUCACCCGGGCGAAGCUGUGCUGGUGAAAGCAUGCACCCUUGCGCACACAAUGCUUGACAUGAAGUUGGGGCUCACACAUAAGAUGGUAAUAAUUGGAAGAGUGUGGACAGACAUGUUGUGCGACACAGCAAUCAAUGCAUCUGGGGAAUUCCAUGCCAGGCAGCUGAGCAAUGGUGGCGAGUUUCUGACCCACAUCCUACUUCUCACUGAAUAUUCUCGUGCUAUAACCAAAGGAUCAAAUCUGUACCGGGAGGACUUGAGAGCAGCUGAUGAAAGUGUGGAUGGUAGUGCUGGCCACGUGGAGCUGAAUGUGGAUGAUGGCAACGGCGACGAGAUCACCGAAAUCCGCUGA